AUGUCUGUGAUAGCGAUCGCUGAGGAUGACGAGGCUGCAGCGACGAGGGAGUCUGGGCAGAUCAAGAUCAUGACAGCUCGAGCCGAGGAGUUGAAGGCAAGGGUGGUCGAAAUGAUCAAGCAUGCGGAAAAGCUUUUGACUCGGUACCAUGAUGCGAACUUGACCGACCCAGAGAAGGACCUGGUGAACCACGUUAUCCUACAAACGCAAACGAGUUACGAACAGGACGUCGUUGCUAAGGAUAACGAGCUUCGAAGACGUGAACACCUCGCAACUGGCCUUAAUAGGCGAAUCCACUCCUUGGAGGCGGCACUGGCGCAGAUGCUAAAAGAGAAGGCCAAGAGUGCCGGGCCAGACGCGAAGACUUUGUUAAAUUUCCGGAUGUGGCUGCCCUCGAGCCCAAUUGACGAGACAUUGCAAGCUUUGGAAGAAAUGAUCAAACCACCAUCACCCAUCUCAAAACCUCAGCCCAGGGCAACUAAUCAAAAGAAGAAGAGCUUCAAGGCCCUUGAGGACGCCGAUUUGGACUAUCAGUAUGACAACAGGGACAACGAUCUGAACGACUUGUCCGAUCUGGAGCUUUCGUCACCAACAGGGAGGUCCAUGAGAAAGCGAGGGUCGUUCUAUAUCACCGCCACCUAUUGUGACCGUCGAGGAGCCUGUGGGGACAAAACGAAGCUUGGUAUGCACGUUCCUCUGCUCCGAUAUUCCCCCGCUGUUUUUCAACUCCAUUUUUCUGGGAGUUCAGAAUCCGGCUGUCGUUACGGCGCCUAUCAUCCCGUCCCCGCAGGAAGAAGUUUCGGUUUCGACUUCCCCAGUAAAGUCCCUGAUGGGCCUGCCAAGACUUCUCAGAAGAAGCGCAAGUGGCUGCUUGUCGUAACAGGCUGGGAUGUGACUUGGCGCGAAGUACUGGAGCCCGCUUCAAAGGCCAAUACAGUUUCACUUCCCGUUUCCUGA